CUUUUUAUUUCUCGUUUAAAGAGGUUAGACAGCAUUGCGUACACAUACGUCACUUCCUCUUGACAUGGACGUCUGCACGUGUUGAAAAAGUGACUGUUUACAGCUCGGAGGGUUCAAGAGGAGAAGAUUUAGUCACAUAACUUUUCAUAUAAAAUUAUAGACAACACUAACAACAGAAACUAAAAUAUAGUAGCUUCAUCUUCUUUCAAAUUUACAUCUUUGCGAUGCCGAAGGUGAAAAAAUCGAGAGGUGGAGGAGGAGAAAAGAGCGGAGGAUCGGUGGCGCUGGCUGAUCAGAUCAUGCAGACCGACACGGUGCGAGCCCGAGGUCGGGUGAAGAGCAGAGACAGUCGGGCAGAAAACGAGGACAGCUACGUAGACGAGCGUCUGUCAAGGAAGAUCUUACAACAGGCCCGAAUUCAACAAGAGGAGCUACAGAGCGAAUAUGGCGUGGAACCAGAGAAGAAGAAAGCACCAGUCACUGUUCUUGGUGAUGUUGGAGGUGCUGAUGCUCAGGAUGCAGACUCAGAUGAUGAGUGGCCAGCACUGGGAGCAGAAGGUGCUGGGGAUGUUGAGUGUGAGACCGAAGUUGUUGUUGAUGCUGAUGAUGAAAAGGCCAUGGAGAUGUUCAUGAACAAAAACCCACCAGUGAGACAAACUUUAGCAGACAUCAUAAUGGAGAAGAUUACAGAGAAGCAGACAGAAGUCGGGACAGUAAUGUCAGAAGUGUCAGGAUGUCCUAUGCCCCAGCUUGACCCAAGGAUAAUAGAAGUGUACAAAGGUGUCGGCAAGGUGCUGUCAAAAUAUCGCAGUGGUAAGUUGCCGAAAGCUUUUAAAAUUGUCCCGGCACUUUCAAACUGGGAACAGGUUCUUUAUUUGACUGAGCCUGAGAACUGGACUGCAGCUGCCAUGUACCAAGCAACAAGGAUCUUCUCCUCCAAUCUGAAAGAGAGAAUGGCCCAGCGGUUUUACAACUUGGUGCUGCUGCCCCGUGUGCGGGAUGAUAUUGCGGAGUACAAGCGACUUAACUUUCACCUCUACAGUGCUCUGAAGAAGGCCUUGUUCAAACCAGGAGCUUGGUUCAAAGGUAUACUGCUUCCUAUGUGUGAAUCAGGGACAUGUACUCUCAGGGAAGCCAUCAUCGUAGGAAGCAUACUCACAAAGUGCUCAAUCCCUGUGCUCCAUUCUGGUGCUGCAAUGCUUAAGUUGGCAGAGAUGGAGUACAACGGCGCAAACAGCAUUUUCCUACGUCUCUUACUGGACAAGAAAUAUGCCCUGCCUUUCCGUGUCCUGGAUGCCUUGGUGGCUCACUUCCUGUCCUUCCGCAGUGAAAAACGUGUACUUCCUGUGCUGUGGCAUCAGAGUUUACUCACCCUGGCUCAGCGCUACAAGGCUGACCUGGCCUCUGAACAGAAAGGGUCACUCCUGGAGCUGCUCAAAAUACAAACACACCCUCAGAUCUCUGCAGAGAUUCGUAGAGAACUGCAAAACUCAGAGUCCAGGGAUAUUGAAAUUGGGCUCCCUGUUACAGUUGAAAUGGAAUGAAGUCUGGCCUGUGGCAUCCUUUUCCUCCUCCUCCUCCAAUGCGAAUGAGUUAUGGUUUGUGCUGCAAAAACAACAGAAUCUAAUAACUAAUCUAACUUCAUAAUUCUUCUUUUCUUAUCAAAGAAGAGUUUAUAUAUAAGUUUCUCAUUACAAAGUCUCAGGAUUCUCCUCAAAGCAAUGAUGAGUUUGCACAUUUCAAGAUGCACAUCAGAAGUGACAUGUGAUUUCAUAUCUUCAAUCUGAGCUGGUUUUUCUUGCAGUUGUGGUGCAUUGCUUGCAUUGCUUGAGAAUAAGAAGACUGGAGUUUGUGUGUCUAAAGAUCAAUGUUGGUAUUUCCAUGUGGAUUAAACAUAAAAUGAAUUCUAAAA